CAGGCCUGGAAUACUGCAAGAAAAGAUCGGUAGAAGCUGUAAUGAGACUGUUCAGGUGACUGACUGCUUCACAGACCAGCAGCAUGAGACUCAAGAAUGAACAAUCCGUCAGAAACCAGUAAACCAUCAAUGGAGAGUGGGGAUGGGAACACAGGCACGCAAACAAAUGGCCUGGACUUUCAGAAGCAGCCUGUGCCCGUUGGAGGGGCAAUCUCGACAGCCCAGGCCCAGGCCUUCCUUGGACACCUUCAUCAGGUCCAGCUCGCUGGAACAAGUUUACAGGCUGCUGCUCAGUCCUUAAAUGUACAGUCUAAAUCUAAUGAAGAAUCUGGGGACUCCCAGCAGCCAAGCCAGCCUUCCCAGCAGCCUUCAGUGCAGGCGGCCAUACCCCAGACCCAGCUCAUGCUGGCCGGAGGACAGAUCACCGGGCUCACCUUGACGCCAGCCCAGCAGCAGUUAUUACUACAACAGGCGCAGGCACAGUUGCUGGCGGCUGCAGUGCAACAUUCAGCCAGUCAGCAGCACAGUGCUGCAGGCGCCACCAUCUCGGCCUCUGCUGCGACGCCGAUGACACAGAUCCCUCUAUCUCAGCCAUUACAGAUUACACAGGAUUUGCAGCACCUGCAGCAGCUCCAACAGCAGAAUCUCAACCUGCAACAGUUUGUGUUGGUGCAUCCAACAACCAACUUGCAGCCAGCACAGUUCAUCAUCUCACAAACACCGCAGGGGCAGCAGGGUCUCCUGCAAGCGCAGAAUCUCUUAACGCAACUACCUCAGCAAAGCCAAGCCAACCUCCUGCAGUCUCAGCCAAGCAUCACCCUUGCCUCACAGCCAGCAACCCCAACACGCACAAUAGCAGCGACCCCCAUUCAGUCACUUCCACAGAGCCAGUCAGCACCAAAGCGAAUUGACACUCCCAGCUUGGAGGAGCCCAGUGACCUUGAGGAGCUUGAGCAGUUUGCCAAGACUUUCAAACAAAGACGGAUCAAACUUGGAUUCACUCAGGGUGAUGUUGGGCUCGCUAUGGGCAAACUCUAUGGAAAUGACUUCAGCCAAACUACCAUCUCUCGCUUUGAAGCCUUGAACCUCAGCUUUAAGAACAUGUGCAAGUUAAAGCCACUUCUGGAAAAGUGGCUUAAUGAUGCAGAAAACCUCUCAUCUGAUUCAGCUCUCUCCACCCCAAGUGCCCUGAAUUCCCCAGGGCUGGGAAUCGAGGGCUUAAACCGUAGGAGGAAGAAACGCACCAGCAUAGAGACCAACAUACGUGUGGCCUUAGAGAAGAGUUUCCUGGAGAACCAAAAGCCUACCUCGGAGGAGAUCACCAUGAUAGCUGACCAGCUAAACAUGGAGAAGGAGGUGAUCCGCGUUUGGUUCUGUAACCGACGCCAGAAGGAGAAAAGGAUCAACCCACCCAGUAGUGGUGGAACCAGCAGCUCGCCCAUCAAAGCAAUUUUCCCUUGCCCAACCUCACUGGUGGCAACCACGCCAAGCCUUGUGACAAGCAGUGCAGCUACUACCCUGACUGUCAACCCUGUGCUCCCUCUGACCAGUGCUGCUGUAACUAGUCUGUCAGUCGCAGGCACAACAGAAACCACCUCUAACAACACGGCAACCGUAAUUUCUACAGCACCUCCGGCUUCCUCGGCUGUGACAUCACCCUCUCUGAGUCCUUCCCCUUCUGCCUCAGCCUCCACUUCAGAGGCAUCUAGUGCCAGUGAGACCAGCACAACACAGACAACCUCUGCUCCCUUGUCCUCCCCUCUUGGGACCAGCCAGGUGAUGGUGACGGCAUCAGGGUUGCAAACAGCGGCAGCAGCCGCAUUACAAGGAGCUGCACAGUUGCCCGCAAAUGCGAGUCUCGCUGCCAUGGCUGCUGCAGCGGGACUAAAUCCAGGCUUGAUGGCACCCUCACAGUUUGCAGCUGGAGGUGCCUUACUCAGUCUCAAUCCAGGGACAUUAGGCAGUGCUCUCAGCCCAGCUCUGAUGAGCAACAGCACACUGGCAACUAUUCAAGCUCUUGCAUCUGGUGGCUCUCUUCCAAUAACAUCACUGGAUGCAACUGGGAACUUGGUAUUUGCCAAUGCUGGAGGUACUCCUAACAUCGUAACUGCCCCUCUGUUCCUGAACCCUCAGAAUCUUUCUCUGCUCACCAGCAACCCUGUUAGCUUGGUCUCUGCAGCUGCAGCCUCCGCAGGGGCCUCUGGACCAGUCGCCAGCCUUCAUGCCACCUCCACCUCAGCUGAGUCCAUCCAGAACUCUCUUUUCACGGUGGCCUCCGCCAGCGGGGCCACUUCCACCACCACUACUGCCUCCAAGGCACAGUGAGCCGGGCUGAGCUGUGCUGCUACCAGCCUGUUUCACUCUGCAGUGGGAUUGGCUGCCAGCUGGGUUUAUGAACUGAAAAAUGUGAUUGGCUUCCUCUCGCCAUGUUGCUGGGGACAAGGGAGAGAAGGAAAAUUAUCAAAACAAAAGCAAAACAGGAAGGAUAUAAAGCUGGGACAGACAUUUGCCUAAUUUUAUAAUAAACACUGUCUUUUCAGGACCGCUUCAUGGAUUGGAGAACUUUCUAACCAAAAAUGUAAAAAAACAAAAAACAAAAAAACAAAAAAAAAACAAAAAAACAAAAAACAAAAAAAGUGAAAGGACUACUUAUCAUUUCCAGCAGUCACAAUGACAAGUUAAGGUGGGUUAUCAACUCAGACAUAGAAAGGGGAUUUCUCAUUUCUUUUUGGUCUAAAUAAAUAAAUAUCUUUUCUUUUUUUUUUUUUUUUAAUUAUCAUUUUAUAGGUCUGUUGUACAGGCCAUUAUGUCAUACAAGGUGUUUAUAAUCGUAUCAAUCAUGUUGGGGGUUCCUUUCUUAACUGGUACAAUUUAGGCAGGCCUGUAUUACUGGUGUAUCUCUAUUAUUAUGAUGAUGAUGAUUAUUAUUAUUAUUAUUUUUAUAUAUAUAGUUUGGACGCGUUUGUCUUUGCUCCUGGAUCAUUUUCGGUGAGCUCCCAUGCCACAGCGGGAGGGUGGAGAGGAGAGACAAAGAGACUUUCUGUCCUAAUCUCCUAAGGAUGUUUUGUAUGACUUCCUCAUCCUUGAACUUGAUUUAUAUGGUGACUUUUACAGAGGGAUUGGACACGUUUGUUUUUAUCACCUAAGCAGAAAGCUCAGUGUAGAGGCAGAGAGUGAUGUGUGCAAAUCUCCAAGCUAAUCUGCUCUUUACUUCUGUAUUUCAGUUCUCUUUCACUCAGUUGCUUUGGCAGAGUGCAUAGAUUUUGAUCUGACUUGUCUGGGCACAGCACCUUUUGUUUUCACAGGGUAAGAUUUGGCCCUCCACGUCCAGAUUAUUUCUAGUACACAAUGGUGGUUCUCCUGUUUCAUUGUUUUCAAUUUGCCCUUUUAAAAAGCAAAAGUAUUCUAAAGACAAAAAGUUGCCUGUGGACACCAAUAUUGGUAAUAGAGAGAGGCAUCCACAGUCCAAAUUACCCACCAGCUGGACUUGGUACAGGACUUUGAAAGGUCAGAUUGGCUUAUUUCAUCAUAGCAAUAUUACUUUUCAGGUGUUUCUAAUGUUUGGGGACUUUUCCAUUGGGAAGUGCUUCUGUCUACAAGAAUAAAAAUUGAGGCUACUGGAACAAAGGCUGCCAUCUUUUAUGCCAAUACAUUUGUGAGAAAGCAGUCUUGUGUUCCUUGCUACCCUCCCCUGUUCUGUUUUAACUAGCUUAUAGAUUGCUUUCUCUACCACCUGAUUUGGUGCCUUGGAAAAAGGAAGAUGUAAGCAGUCAGGUGGAAAGGCCAUCCUGUUACAGUGGAUGGUACUGAUCUGCCUAGUUGAUGUUGGGGCUUUGCACACAUCUUGAUAUUCUGAUGUGGUCUCUGAGCAGUGAUGCUGCUAGCUAGAUCAGAAUGGCAAUAAGUAUCUCUGACUAUAGUCAGGGUUGGCCUGCCACUGUAGCUACCUUCCAGGGUUGUUUCCAGUCCAUGUAGCAAGGAACAUUUUAGGAAUGGAGAGUUGAAGAGAAUGGAUGAGGAAAAGCAGUUGAUUAUACAGAAGUCGGCUCUGUAUAUUCUUUGAUAUAUCGGUCUAGUACCUAAACCAAAAAGACUUCUAAUAAGAGAAGACUGGAUCACUGCAAUGUGGUUCACUUUGAACUUUCCAUUCCUGUUGGAUUUAAAGGUUUCUGCCACAUACGUCAAACAAAAUUGUCCUUAGCUAGAGAAGGUGUUCCAGCAGCCCCUGCCCCUCUUUUGGUCACCACCGAGUUCCAAGAUAGUGGGUUCAGUUAGUUAUGUUGGUCUUGUUGGUGGUCCCGGAGCAUCUUGGAAUCUCUUAUAAAUUGAGAUCAAGCAUGCAGCAUCUUAAAACCUGUGUGCACUUUUGUUUGUGACCCAAGUGCAUGGGAUUUACAUUUGCACUCAGAUGGCAGAAACCUUUAUUUCUUCAUCCCCUCCCUCGUGGUCUUGAUCUGCUCACCUCUGACUCUCCACCUUCCCGAUUCACAGACUAUUUAAAACAAUUAUCCCUAAUACUUCAAAACUAGUGAACUGCAAGCAGGGAAACUAACAAAUGUCCGUCCACCGUUUUUAAUGUUUUUGAUUUUUUUUUUUAUGUUUUAUUUUUUUAAAAACUAAGCUUGAACCAAAGUCAAUUUCUAGCAAGCUGCUGUACUAAUGGACUAGUUUGUAUAAGUGCAGUUCAAACGCAGAGAGGCGAUAGAUGCUACUGACAAUUUCUUUUUCAUUUGUCUUUUUUUAUUAUUAAUUUUAUAUAAAAAUUGCUGCUUGUUUUAACGUUUUUUGGUUGGUCGGUUGGUAAUUUGUAUUAUCCUUGGGGCAGACUCUUAACUUGAUUUUUUUUUUUAACUAGUUUCUUUUGUUUGGUUUGCCAUUCUAUUUACAAUGUCAGGGGAUUACUAAUCCAACAGGUCCCCCAACCCUCACCCCACCGGUUUGGAUAGAUCUAGAUAUUCUGGUGUGUCUGGUGUCUCUGUGACUUCAGUCUGUGCAGAAGAUUUUAGGGCUAUAAUUAAUACUGCAUGGAUAUAAAUUGCCCAUAGUAACGGCUUUGGAGUGGUAGAAGGUACAGAUGGGUAAGAUUCAGGGAGGCAGGGGAAAAGUGGAAGAGGAGAUGUUGGUACCCACUAUGUUUGGUCUCGAGACCAUAAUAUUGACUACAGUUUUUACCAAAGGAAAUAUCAGUCCCCUGGGACUUGUGUUCAGUGAAGUAAGAGGGUGGGGAAAGCUGCAACUGUAAUGUGUGUACUUAGGUCUGAAAAUUCCCACUCGCCACCACGCACGCUCAAAAGUAAAAUUUACCAAGAAGCGUAUUGCUAAUGGGCAUGCUAACGAUCAUUGCACCAUUGUAUCCUCUGUUCCCUAUUGGAUUUGGGACAGGGUGGGGGGAAGAGGUGGCCCUAUUCAUUUAUCCAGGAAAUUCAAAGAAUGUGGGCCUUAAAUCAGCAUCAGAACUUCUCUUCAUGGAUCAAAAGGUCUGUGCCAUCAGCUGUCAGGGUGGUUUUCCACUUCCCAUUCUUGCGGUUUUGUGGUUGAGAGAGGGUCUCGAUAAGUACGUAUCUGGAACACUAAUGCAGCUGGGAUGGUUAUUUAUUAUAAAAAUCUGCUUUUUUCCUGGCUACCUUUGCAUUGGUCGCAUGACUUCUGGUGCGAGCACCUUAAACCCUCCCUUCUUUCCUCCCUCCUUCAUCCUUGUACUACCCAGACCUCCUCUGUGGGGCCCAGACUCCAGGGAGCUUCUUAAAUGACCUUUUCCUGAGAGAAAGCAGAGACUCAGAGUAGCCAUUUGCCCACGGUGAGUUGGUUGAAAUGCUUUCUUUUUACUCUGAACACCUGAUUGUAAAUUGACCCAAACACCACACCGUCCUCUCCCAGCUUGGCUCAAACUUGUCAGUGGCUGGUUGUAGUGCCGUCCUCCUGUUGAUCUGCUUAGACCCUGCUUCUCAUUGAUAUACUGUUUCCUUUUGUUGAUGUUGGUCACCUUUAGUAUUUUAGCUAAGGGACAAAGCCUAAGAACCCAGAGGUGAGGUUCACAUCAGUUCCAAACCGUGCAUCUACCUGGUAAGACUGAAUAUGCACAGCAUUUCUGAGUUUGAGAGGCAUACGUAAUAAGUUACUGGAGUUUAGUGGAAGUUGCUGUUUUAAAACCAUAAUUAUGAUUACAGCAGAAAUAGAAGCAUAUAGAUGGAGUUUCUGUAGCAAUUGUACAAGGGCCCAGAGGCUGAGACUCUGUUUCUAAGGACGUCAGGAUUAGUAAAGAAGUGUUAAUCCCAUAUCUUAAAAUAUUGGCAGACAGACCCAGAACGUUAGUUUCCAAUAGUGGUGUUUUUCCACUCCAAAGAGUGGAGUUUACUUUAAUUCAAAAAGAAAUCAUAGCUUUUAUUAUUUCUGAGGACAGUGAAUUCAGUAGGACUUCCCCACCUUCCCUUGAUAUACUCUCUAACUCUUGUGUUGAUCAUAUUGUAUAGGUUGCACCAGCACAAAUUCCCUAAAAUUGCCUUGCACAUCCCAGGGGCAUUUAAUAGUUAUCCAGGGCAUCUUACCCAUGACAACUCUCCAGAUCUCCAUGUUUGUAUAGAUGGGGCUCAUUUUCACAUUUGCAAGCAUGACAAAGAACAGGUUAAAAAAUUGGGCAGAAGGAUUCACUUCAUGGCCCAAGGGCAGUUAAGAUCUCUAUAUAAAUUCAUAGGUGGAGGAAAGGCGCAUAAAACAAUAGGAGUAAUGACUGUUUCCUGAGGUCUGGAGAAGGGGAGGAUGAGGAAUUUUUUUCCGAUUGAGGCUCAGAGAACUAAUAAUGAAUUUUGGUCUUGGGAGAAGUCAUUCAAGUUUUGGUUUGGAUGCCGCUAAACCACUUACAGUUCACUGGCCCCUUAAUAUAACUUAUCUGAUGGGCAGCCUGUCUUCUGUUUAUAUACUGUUACACGCUCACGUACAGUUAGUGCUGCUUAUAAGAUCUAUGUAUGCGUUUGGCAUAAGGUAAGACCCCCAUGUAAACCAGUGAAAGAGAAGUUUCACUAGUUCCUCAGAUGAAUUUGUCAUCUAGUAUGUAUGCACGCGUACAUAUACAUAGUUAAUGCUGAGACAGCUUAAUACCCAUCUGAACAAAAUAUUCAGAUGGGUAUUAGGGUAAUAGACCUGUCAGGCCUGUAGCUUAGAGUCAGGGUAGCUUAUGUUUGUUUAUUUUCCUGGGUAACUUGUGCCAAUGCACAUUUGCCCCAGUACUUACUAAAAUAAAUAGUCUGCCUUCAAGAAGUAAAGCCUCACAAAUUAAUUCAAAGCCAAAUCAGGCUGAGAAAAGGCCACUGUGCCAUAGAGUCCAUAAAACCUGGGCCCUGGGGAGCACGCUGCUAAGGUAGGCAGUACUCAUCUGAGAACGUGCUGCUGCUGUUCCUGAGCAGCUGCUCCACUAGCAAGACCAUCCAGGCAGAUGAUAACGGACAUGCCAGAGCACAGCAAGCAGCACCACACCUAGACUCCUGGUGACCCCAGACAAACUUUUGGUAUCAGGCCUCCCUUUGCCAAAUAUAAUGAUGGUAAUAAAAAAAUUACCAUUUUUGGCCCCCCUUUCUGUCUGGGCUCCAGGAGGCCACCCAGUUUGCCCAUGCCUGUGUCCAGCCCUGACGGUGAGAGAGGCUUGCUGCAGAGUAAUCUGAGUCACAGACCUUGGAAGACUCGAAAAACUGCAACUUUCCUUUUCCCUUUCAGUUGGAAGGGAGCCUGCUGUUAUGCCCAUUUAACAGUGACGUUUUUAGUGAAAACACUCAGGAAAUCUGUAACAAUGCAUUGGUUGACUUGUUUUGCAAUGUGGUUUCCCCUGGGGUUACUAUAACUUGAUAUUUACCUUAACACAGCUAAGUAUCUGUUCUACCUUUUCCAUUUGUUAAGAAAAAUGGUGGAGCUCUCACGUUGCACUGUAUCGCGCUGCCUCUCAUCCGUUGCCCCCUUUCUGAUCUUCCCUCUUCAGAGCUUUAAGAGGAUAUUGCUCUAUACUGGAGAUUUUGUCUUUCUUUAAUAUCCCUCAGAGUCAUUGACAUCUCUGUAACAGACAUUUUAACAAGAAUAUUAGCUUAUUCCUCUCUCUCAUAAAAAUAGUCUAUCAGUAGAUGCUCAGGGAGCAGCAUGACAGCUCUUACCAAAAUACGUCUGAGAGAACUCUCCAUGCCACUCACCAAAGCAUUGUUCCAGGUGGACAAUAGCUGACUCUUUUCUUUGAGGUUGAAAUGAAAUGCGCAUAUUCAGUCUUACCUUCAGUUGUGACCACUGUAAAAACAAGUAGCUAGUAGUGGAGAGCUGUUUUGGAUGUGGGAGCCACUCUUCUUUAAAUAGAAGAUACCCUGCAGUCCAUGUUGGCUUGUUACGGUUCUCCUGUUGGAAGGGUUGAAGGAGCCAUUGUACUUAUUCCUCAGCUCUGAUGUAUAUCCCUGGCAUAGAAUAACAUUGAAUUUAAAAAGAGAGGGCUGUUUCUUGCUUGUAAAGGAGACUUCAAUUUACCUUGUUUGUCAACGGUUAAUAUUUUGCUAAACAUGCCAAACAGAAACUUGACACCACAUCCUUAAUAGAAUAAAUAGCUGGUUUUGGCCAUGUAGUGGAAGUGGAACAGACUAAACAUGGUAUCUUAUCCAAGCUAUUGAUAAUGUGCUUCUAAACUAGUCCAGUCUGUAAGUGCCAGCUUGUUCAGUUCAUUCUGUUUUAAGGCUAGUUUUUCAUCUUCUUGCAAAACAAUAGAACUGAGUUUAUCUACAAUUCAUGUAUGUGUGUAUCCACACACUAUGCAAACACAGAGAUUAUGGAAAGAAAAAGGCUUACAUCCUUUUUAUUCAUGAUUAUCCAUCCGUAACCAGCCUGCUUAAGACUUCUUAGCCAAUUACAACAACAUACGUGACCUCCAAAAGUGGCUGACGUGUGGUUUCACUUAGUGUGGCUGCACAGGUUCUUCUCCCAAAAGUAGCCCCCUUGAGUUCCCGUAGAUGUCAAGAAGUCUUCAGUAGAAGUUGGAUCAGAGCCUACCAAAGUUAAAAGAUGUUGGGGAAAAUGGUUCCCCAGCCUUGUGAAACACUUUACGAGCACGUUUGUCUAAGGCGAUCUCACUCCUUUUAUGUAUUGUAGUUUAGAGGUAAACAUUGCAUGUCCUUGCUUGUCACAUGCCCUGACCUAAUGCAAGUCUGUUGUUUGACUUGGUUUUCAAGUUAUUAAGGUGCUUGUUAUAGUUUUUGCCACAUGUUCAGACCAAGGUCCAAUUCCCCAAACCUUAAUCAAAACUGGUUUCAGUGCAGUGAAAGAAAGGAAGUGCAUGGACCCCCAUAUUGGUACACACACAUACCCACACAUUAAAACACGAUUGACCUUUCCUUGCUUUUAUCAUCAAUUGGGAGGAGGAAUGGAAUAAUUUAACUCCACUUGCUGCCCAAGGGCUGAGCUCUUCUAUGUUCUUCCUAUCAAUUUAGCAUGUGUGCUUUUGUUUCUGUUGCUAGACACUGUAGUUCAGAUACCAGUCUUGUUGCACACCUUAACUAAUACAGUUUUGUUCUCCUGUUGUCUCACUCAGCCUGACUUGCUCAUAAUGGACAGGCUUCUCUAAGUUUUCACCUCUCUCUCUCUCUCUGGAGGGUUAUAUCUGAAUGCAUUGGGUCUGUAUUUAGUACUGUCCUUUGGACAGGCGAAAGUACAUAGUUUGACAGAACAGACGGAUGUGGUCAGUUAUUUAGAGUGUAUCAGGUAUUGCUUUUCUGACUAAAUUCUUGUUCGUGGAGCAUCUCCUGGACUUAGUGCUAGAGCUUCCUAGCAAAGUGUGCUUCACUGGGGAGAAUCUACUUGAGAUCCAGUUCAGUAUGUCCUCAGCACAGUGUCUGCCACCUGGAAUGAUCUGGGCCCCCCCUCCCUUCCUUUCCUCUCCCUUUCUCCCCUCAAUAAGAGGUAGCACCAUAGAGCUGUGAGAUCAAUGCUUGCGGGUAGUAGCUGGCUUCUGGCACCUUCAUAAAAUACCUCAGCAUAGCUUAGCAUUGUCGCAGAACUGGUUUUAAACUGAAAAAAUCAGAAGAGAAAAACAAACUUUAUAAAUAGUGGAGAUAAUUCUAGCUGUAGAGUUUAGUUGAACUGAUGUUUAUUAUGAUUGAUGAACAUGAUUAUGCUGUAUGUAUUUGAGAUCCUGUUUAUAGGUUACAACUUUAUAGGGUUGGGUGGGGGUGGGUGGAGGUCGGGGGGAGAGAAUGGGGUUGACUGUGUUAGAAGGAAAAUGUUGCUCAUGAAUUUUUUUCCUUGUAUCUGUCUUGCCAAAGGAAACAUUUUGUCGCUCCUGGGUUUGGGAUUGUUGUUUGGUUGGUUUAUCUGUGGUCUAAUCUGCAGCACAGCACGUGAUGGCAUGCAGGUUACUGAUUGGGUUGCUGUUCAGGGUCCUUUACAGUGCGCACACACUUCCCCUCCUGCCCUGCCUUUCCUUACGAAUAAUAAGGGCCUUUGCAGGGAUCGAAAGGUCAGGCGAAGUGUGUGUACGCUGUGGGGCUGGGGGAGAGAUGGAUACAUUGGGUCAGAUUCAACCCAGGUGGCAUCCAUGUCAGUGAGUGGAGUUGCAUCAGGGCUGAAUUUGGUCCAUUGCAUUUAACUUUGGGGAGGGAGGAGAAUGGUUGUUGCAUCUUAAUCUAACUGGGAGAGCAAAAGUGAAACAGGUUCCUUUUAUCCCCCUGUCUUGUUACUGAAUGUAGGGCUUGUAGUGCUUGAGAAUAGGUGGAAGACUUUUUAGACACUUCCUUUUCUAAUAGCAAUGCUAAUCCUGUCUAGACCAAAAACUACAAAAGAAAAACCAAACUGAGAAGUGAAAGCUAACCUGCUCCUAGCGCCUGGCUGGUGUACCUGAAAGGAUCGAAAUACUGUGAGACAGUCGUCG